AUGACUGUCAAGACACCACCCACACAGCAGCGAUCAUCGGCGACUCGAUUGGCUGGAAAGGACAUUGCCGGUAUCUCGCGCGUUGUAUCCAAGAGUGAGCUCAAUCGGAUCAAACAGCGCUCGAUAAUCCUGACAGAUGCAGCAGCCCAGCAGCUUAAGCUGGCCCGGGAGGCGCAGCAGGCAGUUUCGAGACACGAGUCUGAGGAACGCAAGCGUCGUAUGAUGGAGAAGGAGAUCGAAGUGCGUGCAAGACGCGAGCAAUCAGCCAUGGAGAUGGAGCUGGAGGCGGAGCGCAAGGCUCUGCUCACUGGCAAUGAGAUGAUCAACAAUCAGCACCUCGAGUCGUUACGUAAGAUUAAUUCCUUGGCCAUAGCUGCCACGGGAUAUCAGCUGUGCGACGGGUUAAAGGAGCAUCAGAAGGGGCGAAAAGUGACUGAAACUCGCUAUAACAACAUCCACGACAGUCUCAUGGAACGUGAUCGCCGUCGCGACAUUCAAAAGCGUAAAGAUGCCGACGUCGAAGCACACGCGAAGCGGAUGGAGGCGCGUCAGGUACUUGAGGAGCAGAUCACUGAGCGUCAUAAACAGUCCAUUCGCGAAGAAGAGGCGAAGGACAUUGAAGCCCAAAAGAUUCUCAAGAUCUACAAACAAUAUGAGGUGGAGGGGCAGAGAAAGUACGAACAACAUCUUGAGAAACAGAAGGAGACGAUGCGUCAAGUGGCUCAGACGAACGAGCAGAUUAAAUCCAUGAAGGAGCAGAUGGCAAUUCGAAACAAGAAGGAGGAAAUGGCUGCGGCCGCGUAUCUGCGCAAGAAAGCGCUCGAGGAGGAGGCCAAACUGCAAGAAGAGGCUCGUAUCCGCAAGUCGAAAGAGUUGCGCACUGCCAAACUGCGUGCCCAACAAGAAAAGGCACAAGAUAAACAAGCGAUUCAGGACGAAUUCCGAGCCAAGAAAGCGUACGAGGAGACGGAAAAGAACACGCGACUGAGGGAGAAACGCGACAAGGAGAGGAAAAUCGCACUGAUGCAGUCGAUCUUGCAGGAUCGCAAGAAGCAAGAGGCUUUCCAUGUGGAACACGCUCAGCGAAUGCGAGCUCUAGACGCCAAUACGGAUCGGAUCGGACAGCAGAAGGUUGAGCGCGAGUACCAACGUCUCAAGGCAGUUGAAGCCGCCGCAAAGGAACGUGAUCAUAACCACGGCGACUUGUUGCAACAACAGAUUGAGUUGAACGAACAGCGACGAAUGAAGGCCAAAAUGAUUGAGCAGAACGACGCCAAGUUUCUCCAGAAGAAAGCGAUGAGAGAGAGCAUUCUAGCUGAGAAGGUGAGGCUUGACACGCUGCAGAAACUGGAGAAGAGAGGAGUGCCAGAGGAGUAUCUUCGUGACCUCAGACGCAUGAAAAUCAACGAGUCCAACGCGUAA